AUACGCUGAAGAAGUGUGCACUGAGCAGCCUCCUCCCCCUGUUCAGUGCCCAAACCCCCUCUGCCCCGGGGGAGUUUGCUUUCCGCUUCCAGUCUUACUGGGGGCGGUUUCGUUUUGCCCCUUUUUGGGACUUUUGCUCCGCUGGCAAAGGAUGCGGGUUCGAAUCGUGGCUGCGGCGAGCUGGCGCGCAACAUCUUAGAAUUGGAAUCAUUUUUGUUCUCGCGCUCAACAACAUGGAGCUUGCACGGUCUUACGUCUCCUGCCUGGAUCUCUCCAUCCGUCAUUUUUGCGGAAGUGAAUGAGUGUUGUGGAGGGUUCGUGCCGGCAUGCCCGUGGCCGUGCGCGAAAAAGGGGGCAACAGUCAAGAAACGCUGGCACUUCUCCGCGUGCCCGAAACAAUAUCAGACAUGCAAAGGACCGUUUCUCCUGGCUGCAGCUUCCAUUCAACAUUUUUGUGAGAUCGAGGGAGAGUAUGGUGGCAUUGUGCAGCGGCGUGCGCCCUCGGCUGUCGCGCGUUCGAGCCGACGAGAGUAAGCAGGAGCGCAACAUUCAAAAACUGUUGGCCGCAUCUUCCCACACCUCAACAACAUUGAACAUGCAUAGGCUUAUUCGUCCUGGCGCGAGCUUUCUAUUCAUCAUUUUUGUGAAAUCGAACGAGCGGUGUGGACAUUGUGAGGCCGCAUGCGCGUACGAGGUCGUGCGUUCGAACGUCGCGGCCCACCCCAGCAAAGCCCUCCAUGCCCGGCAAAAGGCGAAAAAAAAAAGACAGAGCACAGUACGGACUCAUCUGAAGCCUCGCCUUCCCAUUCUUGCAAAGCGGUCUAUAUGCAGCCGCGAACGACGCUAGGGUGCUUGAUGCAAAGCCGGGCAGCGGUCUAUAUGCAGCCGCGAAC